UUAUAAGGAACACGCAAGGUAAACAGACAAAAACAGUUACAAAAGCAGGUGACAAGAAAACAGAAAAAAGACUUAUAAAGACUUAACUGUUACCUUUCAAUUUUAUUGCAAAAUUCGGUGUUAUCUGUAGAAGUCGGGAUCGCGCCGCGCCCCUAUGCUUUUAUGUUUGCUGACGGUUGAGCUUUGAGCCAAAUUAAUAGCUUGCGAUCAGCUGCUGGAAUGCAAUAUUUUUAGCGGUCACGCUUUUGCAGUCUGGUGCAGUCUGAUCACGUUCCGGUCCACCGAAAAUUCAUACAGUGUAUUACAUAGCUUGAAAUCAGCAAUAAAAUGUCUAGCGUAUACGAUAACGAUGUGUUCAGACUCUUCUGCACUUACGCAGGAAUGACGACGAUGAAGAUGAUGCUAUUAUCUUUCUACACCUCAAGGUUUCGAUUUAAAAAUGAUGUGUUUGCAAGUCCGGAAGACAGAAUCUCAAAAUCGUCGAAAAUUGGAGCCAAUAUUGACGAAGAUGUAGAAAGAGUACGACGUUGUCACCUCAACGACUUAGAGAACAUCGUGCCAUUCCUGUUCUUGGGAUUCCUAUACGCGUUGAGCGAGCCAAGUGUAUUUGCAGCAUCAAUGCAUUACCGAAUCUUCUUUGCGUCACGUGUCCUCCAUAGCAUUGCGUACUUGGCUCCCCUCCCUCAGCCUUCCAGAGCAUUCUGCUUCACAGUCGGAUGGAUCGUCAACGCGUCGAUGGCCUGGAACGUUAUCAAGCUUGGCAUGUUUUAGAUGUCUAACAUAACUAUUUUCAUUACUCGGUAUUAAUUUGCAAAGAAGAUUAAUUAACUCAAUUAAAAAUAAUAUAAAUCUUAACCAAUUCUAAUGCAGAAACAAAAAUUCCAAAAAAUGUAAGGGUUAUGUAUAUAAGUACCGUAUUUGUAGAUAAUCCCAAAGAAUUUUAAUUAAACUUUUAAUUAAAAUGUUGUCUAUUUAUAUAUUGUCUAGCCUAUCUGUACAAAGGCUUUUAAUUAAUUGUCCUUGGCUACACAGUGUUGUUUGGAAAUAGUUAUUUCCAUUUCAUUGCACUUUGCAAACUUUUCCAGUUGCAAAUGAAAUAAUAUUUAUUGUAUUGUAAAACAACUCUGUUAUGAACAUUACUCAUUUUACUCAGUAUUUUGCAAUAACAAUAAUGGUAAUGGUAAUGGUAAUUAUAAUAAUUAAUAUUAUAAAUUAAAUAAUAUAAAUUAUAAUAAAUAAUAAAUAAAUCCUUGGCUACACAGGGUUGUUGGGAAAAAGUUAUUUCCAUUUCAUUGCACUUUGCAAACUUUUCAAGUUGCAAAUGAAAUAAUAUAUAUUGUAUUGUAAAACAACUCUGUUACGAACAUUACUCAUUUUACUCAGUAUUUUGCAAUAACAAUAAUGGUAAUGGUAAUGGUAAUGGUAAUUAUAAUAAUAAUGGUACUGAAUAGUAAUUAUAAUAAUAAAUAUUAUGAUGAUGAAUAAGAUAAUAAUUUUAAUAAAAAUAAUAAUAGGCCUAAUAUAAUCCCAAUUAAUUUAGUAGAGGGAUGGAUAGUUGGUGGGAGCAGUACCAAAGCUACAGUACUACUUAUUCAUUAUCCCGCAUACGCCUAAAGCAAUGGCACUUAAUAUAUUAGAAAGGGGAUAAACUCCAAAAGGGGAUAAACUCUCUUUAUACCCUGCUCUUUACCGUUUCUGAUAGGCUUAUCAGCGUAACCUUCAUUUCCCAGAACCCAAGAUCAGUAAAAGUUCCAAUAUUCGCUCAUUUGCAGCCUGCUUCAGGAUUGGAAUUCGAGAAGAUUGAAUCUUAAGUUUUUAAACAAAAGCAAUGGUAUUGAUAGCAGCGCGGCCGGGUGUGCAUGGGUGGUGCGUAAUCAUCGGGAUCCGCCGUCGGGGAACAAUUAUUACUGGGGUUUUCGCUGGAGUACGAUUGCUGGAAUACGAUUCUUGAUUCGUGUAAAAAGCAUAGAUGACCUACGUUGCGACAGAUAUGCUACUGUAGGGGAUGGGUUAACUAAACAUUAUUUGAUGACGAAGCUGUAUUGGCUAUCGUUUUCGCAAGCUUGUGAAACCUCCCUAUUUCCUCGGGGAACACAUUUCUGGACAUCAGGAGGUAGGCCUACCGGUACCGGUUUGCUCACCUAAGCCCCAACCAAGGUGAGCUGAAGUGGGAGAAUUAGUGGUGCUACUACUGAACAAAUCGUAGAAAGUCUGUGAACCGCGGUGAUCAGAUUUUUCCACCGCCAUGCCUAAAAUGGAAUGUUGCAACUCAUAGAAUUUUCCAUUUUCAUGGAAUUUUGAGUUGCAUAUGAAUUUAUGCUGGAUUUUCAUAAAUUGUUAUUUUUUUCAAACCUGCAUAAAUUUAGUGAUUUUAAAGAUAGGCCGUUUUAUUUUGUACAUUUCAGGCUCGACUGCGAUAUGAAUAUUGAAUAAAUAAAGAAAUUAAAAUCACCAUAUAUUUUAAUGUAUUCUUUAUUUGAAAUAAACAUGUUUAGUUGUGUGCCAACACCAUCA